GUGUGUGUGUGACUCAGCUGAGUGAAGAAGCAGCCGGCUGUGAGUGUGUGUGUGUGCUGAGUGUGGGUUUGGAGUGUGUGGCUGGACUGUAGCCGAGCUCUGGACGCUGGUCUGACUGUGUGUUUGUGUGUGUGUGUGGCUGGACUGUGGCCGCUGGUCUGACUGGAUCUGUAUUGGAGUUUAGAGGAGUUGAACUGGUUGAACUGGGCUGGGUUGAGGAGCAGUAUGGAUUAAUCUGGAUGUGUAGAAAUGCUGCUGAACACCACCUGACCUCUUUACCUGGACUUUACACAACAUUUACAUACAGCUCAGAGGUCGCUGUAGCUCCUGGUUCUCCCGGUGAUCAGCAGUAAUGAUGGCCCCCCGUAAACGCGGCGGCCGGGGGCUGUCCUUCAUUUUCUGCUGUAUGAAGGGCAGCGACCACCCGGAGAUCACCUACCGCCUGCGGGAGGGCAGCAGCUUCACCCUGCAGACCAUGGAGCCCACCGUGCCCAUGCCCCCCGCAGAGGAACUGGACGCCAUGUUCUCCGAAUUAGUGGAUGAGCUGGAUCUCACAGAUAAACACAGAGAGGCGAUGUUCGCUCUGCCUGCUGAGAAGAAGUGGCAGAUCUACUGCAGCAAGAAGAAGGAGCAGGAGGAGAAUAAAGGGGCGACCAGUUGGCCGGAGUAUUACAUAGACCAGAUCAACUCCAUGGCUGCUAGAAAGACAGUGCUGGCUCUGGAGAAGGAGGAUGAGGAGGAGAGGAAUAAGACCAUCGAGAGUCUAAAGACUGCACUCAGAACACAGCCCAUGAGGUUCGUGACUCGGUUUAUAGAUCAGGACGGUCUGACCUGUAUCCUGAACUUCCUGAAGAACAUGGACUACGAGACGACGGAGUCUCAGAUACACACCUCGCUGAUCGGCUGCAUCAAAGCGCUGAUGAAUAACUCUCAGGGCCGUGCCCACGUCCUCGCCCACUCCGAGAGCAUCAACAUCAUCGCCCAGAGCCUCGCCACCGACAACAUCAAAACCAAGGUGGCCGUGCUGGAGAUCAUGGGGGCCGUGUGUUUGGUGCCUGGGGGCCACCGCAAGAUUCUGGAGGCCAUGCUGCAUUACCAGAAGUUCGCCAGCGAGAGGACGAGGUUCCAGACUCUUCUGAAUGAUCUGGACAGAAGCACCGGGCGGUACAGAGACGAGGUCAGUCUGAAGACGGCCAUCAUGUCCUUCAUCAAUGCUGUUCUCAGUCAGGGGGCGGGAGAGACCAGUCUAGACUUCCGAAUCCACCUACGUUACGAGUUCCUGAUGCUGGGAAUCCAACCAGUCAUCGAUAAAUUACGGACACAUGAAAACUCCACGCUGGAUCGGCAUUUGGAGUAUUUUGAAAUGCUGAGGAAUGAGGAUGAACUGGCUCUGGCUAAACGAUUUGAGACAGUUCAUAUAGACACUAAAAGUGCCAGUCAGGUGUUCGAGCUGAUCCGUAAGAAGAUCAACCACACGGACGCCUUCCCGCACUUCAUCUCCGUCCUGCAGCACUGCCUGCACAUGCCCUAUAAGCGCAGUGGGAACACGGUGCAGUACUGGCUCCUUCUGGACCGGAUCGUGCAGCAGAUCGUUCUGCAGAAUGAUAAAGGUCACGAUCCAGACGUGGCUCCGUUAGAGAACUUCAACGUGAAGAACGUUGUGAGAAUGUUAGUGAAUGAGAAUGAGGUGAAGCAGUGGAAGGAGCAGGCGGAAAAAAUGAGAAAAGAGCACAAUGAUCUGCAGCAGAAGCUGGAGAAGAAGGAGCGAGAGUGUGACGCAAAAGCUCAGGAGAAGGAGGAAAUGAUGCAGACGCUGAAUAAGAUGAAGGAGAAGCUGGAGAAAGAGAGCAGUGAACACAAGCUGGUGAAACAGCAAGUGUCUGAACUCACCUCUCGACUGCACGAGCUCAGCACCAGGCCGAGUGUUCCUGGAGGUCCUCCACCUGGUCCCUCUGCCCCUGGUGGUCCUUUGCCUCCGCCUCCUGCUGCAGCUGGCAUCCCACCACCUCCUCCUCCUCCUCCAGGUGGGGUUCCUCCUCCUGCACCUCCUCCUCCGCCGGGCGGACCCCCACCUCCACCCGGCCUGCCGCCCUUCGGUGCCCCGCCGCUCCUCGGGGGUCCUGCACUGAAGACCAAGAGCAUCCCACAGCCCUCCAACCCCCUCAAAUCCUUCAACUGGACCAAACUCAAUGAGACUAAACUGGACGGGACCGUGUGGAUGGACCUGGACGACGGCAAAGUGUUUAAAAUCUUGGAUCUGGAGGACGUUGAGAGAACCUUCUCAGCUUAUCAGAGGCAGCAGGACUUCCUUCUGUUCAGUAACUUUAAACAGAAAGAGUCUGAGGAUGACACAGUGACCAUUAAGAAGGUGAAGGAGCUUUCAGUGAUUGAUGGACGACGAGCGCAGAACUGUAACAUCCUCCUCUCACGGUUAAAGUUGUCUAAUGAGGAGAUAAAGAAGGCCAUUCUGACGAUGGACGAGCACGAAGAUCUUCCUAAAGACAUGCUGGAGCAGCUGCUGAAGUUCGUUCCUGAGAAGAGUGAUGUGGAUGUUCUGGAGGAACACAAGCAUGAGCUCGACCGCAUGGCCAGAGCUGAUCGCUUCCUCUACGAGAUGAGCAGGAUCAACCAUUACCAGCAGAGGCUGCAGUCUCUCUAUUUUAAGAAGAAGUUUGCGGAGAGAGUGGCAGAAAUCAAGCCUAAGAUUGAAGCUCUCAGCACAGCGUGUAAAGAGGUUCUGCAGAGUCGGAACCUGCGGCAGCUGCUGGAGGUGGUGCUGGCUCUGGGGAACUACAUGAAUAAAGGCCAGAGAGGAAACGCUUACGGAUAUAAAGUCUCUUCACUCAACAAGAUCGCCGACACCAAGUCCAGCAUCGACAAGAACAUCACUCUGCUGCACUACCUGAUCACCAUUUUGGAGCAGAAAUACCCCAAGGUGGCGCUGUUCCAAGAGGACCUGCAGAAUGUUUCUGAAGCGGCUAAAGUAAAUAUGACUGAACUGGAGAAGGACAUCAGUAACCUGCGCAGCGGCUUGAAGAGCGUUGAAACGGAGCUGGAGUAUCAGAAGAGUCGUCCUGUUGAUUCUGGUGAUAAGUUUGUAUCAGUGGUCAGUCAGUUCAUCACUGUGGCCAGUUUCAGCUUCUCAGACGUGGAGGAUUCUCUCCAGGAGGCGAAGGAACUGUUUCAGAAAGCAGUGAAGCACUUCGGCGAGGACGGCAGCAGCUCUCAGCCCGACGACUUUUUCGGCAUCUUCGACCAGUUCCUGCAGUCUUUCUCCGAGGCCAAGCAGGAGAACGAGAACACCCGGAAGAGAAAAGAGGAGGAGGAGCGCAGAGCUCGCAUCGAGGCUCAGAUGAAGGAGCAGAGGGAGAAAGAGCGAAAAGCUCGUAAGGCGAAGGAGAACAGCGAGGAGGACGGAGAAUUUGAUGACUUGGUUUCGGCUCUUCGUUCAGGAGAAGUUUUCGAUAAAGAUCUGUCUAAAAUGAAGCGGAACCGCAAGAGACCCAACAACCAGGGAACCGAGCCGAGCCGGGAGAGACCCAUCACCAAAAUCGACUUCUGAGCCGCCUGUGAGUAAACACUGAUACAACAGCGCCACCCAGUGGUGGAGCCCAGGGACGACUACAACUGCGUCAACUUCUUGUAAAAAAAAAAAAAUAAUAAUAAUAAAAACUUAAAGCUCAUUUUCUGAGCUACAAAUGGAGAAAAAACACACUAUUCCAACACUGCCAUCUGGUGGUGGAGUCCAGGGACUACAACUCAGUCAACUUGAUUUACUUUUAUUCAUCUCUUGGUGAAUAAACACUGGUCUGACACUGCCACCUAGUGGUGAAGCCUUGGAACUACAUUACAUUUACUUGUAAAUAAAAAUGAAUAAUUAAGCUCAGUUUCUGAGCUACAGGUAUACAAAAACACUGAUCCUAUACUACCACCUGGUGGUGGAGCCCUGGAACUGUACUUGCAGCAUCCUAAGUCUUAAGAAAUGUAAGAAAUGAACACUGGUUUGACACUGCCACCUGUUGGAGGAGAUCAGGGACUACAUCUGUGUCAUCUGAAGACUUGAAAUAAAACAUGAAUAAAAACAGUUUUUAAAACUGCAAGCCAAUAAAUACGGACACUGCCGUCUGCUGGUGAAGCCAAGAAACUACAUAAAAUGUUCUUGUAAAAUAUUAAAGCAUUUUUAAAGUACGGGUGAAAAUACUACUACUUCAACACUGCCACCUGGUGGUGGAGUCCAGGGAUUACAUGUGCUUUCUUUCAUUCUACAUCUGUAAUAAAAUAAAAAAAGAGACACUGAGCAGAGGAACUACAUCCAUUAAAACUUCAUCACAUCAAAAAAGCUAACUUCUUUAGCAACAGGUGAACAUGUACUACACAUACACUAUGAAACCAUGAAACUACACCCAUUACUCUACUUAAAAAACAUAAUUUUUUGUACAAAUUUAAAGCUUAAUUUCUGUGAUACAAGGAAUUACACCCAUCACCAAUUUAGCUACUGAUAAAUUAACAAUGUUCCUAUACUGCCACCUGGUGGUGGAGCCGAGGAAUUACACCCAUCACUAAUUUAGCUACUGAUAAAUUAACAAUGUUCCUAUACUGCCACCUGGUGGUGGAGCCGAGGAAUUACACCCAUCACUACUUGACAACACCAAAAUCAGCUUAAUUAAAUAUAUAUAUAUAUAUAUCUUUUUUAGCUACAAGUGAACAUGUAUUGCACAUAUACUACUGCCAUCUAGUGUUGGAGACCUGGGACUACAUCUGCAUCAACUUAGGUUUCUGAGCUGUGUGUGUAAAACACUAACCCAACCCUGCCAUCUAGUGGUUGAACCAAGAAACUACACCCAUCACUACUCGUACUGUCACUACCCAAUUUGAACCAGAAACCAGAUUUGUAAUAUGCAUGCAAAGUAAAAAUAAACAGUUUUAAACAGCUGGUUGCUGCCUGGAUUACACAAAGUGCUUCAGUGGGUGUCUGCUAUUAAUUUACAUUACAGGAUCCUGAUUAAGCUACUUAUAAUUCUUAGGGCUGCAUCAAUUAGUAGAUAUAAUUGACAAAUGUUGAUUAUUUAAAUUUGUCGACUAAUCGUUAUUUGAAACAGUACCGUAUUACACAUAGUGCUGUGGACAAAAACGCAAUGGGAGAUAAAGGGUAAAUGUCUCACUCACACAGUUUACACUGAACUUAGUCUGUGUCUCCAAAAGUGCCCAAAUACAACAGAUAACAUAUUUACACACUAAAUAUCAGUACUUUCCAUGUUUAAAACAACAUCUAGACAAUUAAAGGCUUUUAAAUCUUUACUUUCACCUGUUUAUAUUGUUUUUAGAGAUCAUGAUCAGAUUAGUCGACUUAAAAAAUAAUAAUAAUCAUUAGUUGAAGCCCUAAUAAUAAUAAUCAAAUAUGAUUUAUACAUAAAUAUAAUAGUACAUAUCAAUAGUUAAACAUAUAAUCAGCAAUACAAAUAAUUACAACAUUUCCUGCAGUUUGUGUAGCUGUGUUAAAUACAUGUGAGCUUUGCUCUUCUUUAUGUCCCUGUGAAUAAUUGCCAUGCUUGCUUGGUUCUAUAUUGUCUUUAUAUUUUAAGUAAACUGGUCUUUAGCUCAUAUAUAACGUGCUCAUGUAGUUCUACAGCACAUCAUCAAACCUGAGUAAGUUUACAAUAAUUUAAACAGGUAUUGUUCAGACUCUAAGACAGGGGUGUCUAAACUACGGCCGCGGGCCAUUUGUGGCCCGUUUCCUUUUUUGGAGCGGCCCGCGAGGUAUUUUAGAAAUAGAAUGAAAGUUGUCCCGCUGUUAAGCAGGUUUUUAUAAUGUGAGAUUCAAAGUUUGAACGCUAGGUGUCAGAAACGGGCCAAAGAGUCUAAACGCGGAGAGAGUGCGCAUUUCUAGCGCAGAAAAACGGGCCAAAGAGUCUAAAAGCGGAGAGGGUGCGCAUUUCUAGCGCAGAAAAACGGGCCAAAGAGUCUAAAAGCGGAGAGGGUGCUCAGUUUUAGCGCAGAAAAACAGGCCAAAGAGUCUAAAAGUUGCCGUAAUUAAGGAGUUUUAUAUUAAGAGACAUCAUGAAAUUAAACAUCAAUUUGAAAAAUCUUAGUUUAUACAUUAUUUAAAGUGGUAUAUUUCAUUAUUUGUUUUAUUACAGAGUCUGUGGCCCGUGACUUCAAAUAUAUUUCUCCUUCUGGCCCCCAACAAAAAAAGUUUGGACACCCCUGCUCUAAGGAAUAAAAAAAGAAAUAAAAUAGUCAUUUAAUGAAUGUGUAGGAGUUGCUUCUCUGAUGGAGACUUACUGACCUCUGCUGGUUAUUUCACAUAAACACAGGCCUGUCACAAUAAUUACAUUAUCGACUUAAUUAUCGUACAAUAAAUAAACAUGACAUCAAUAAUAUUUGAUAAUCGUGAUAUCAUCUAUUGUGUUUAUUUGUACGUUUGUUCACAUAUAUAACAGAGAACAGAUUUUAGCCAGUCAUGCUUCCAUAACUGUGACUCCAUUCAAACAGUGUGAACUGACAUAGAUGAAGAAAAAUAUAUACAGUUCCCAAACUAUGAAUAAUUCAAUUUAGUUUUCUUUAAAAAUGUAUAAUUCAUUUUUUUAAUUGCAUUCUAUUAUCAUUAUAUCAGUGACAUUAAAUGCUCUUAAAAUGAAAAUAAUAAUAUAAAUUAUCACAAUUUCUGGGACAAUAUAUCACUCCUCAAUAUAUCACAGACCUUUUAAACUGUAGAUAAAUUACUGGCCUACUUCUGAUCUUCAAUGUUUUAUUUUGUCUAAGUAAGGAAUGUCAUUCCAUAUAAUAAAACAAUUAAAUUAACUAUUAAUACAUUAUAUUUAUGUAUAAAUCAAAUGUAAUAAUAUUAUAAGUAGUGUAAUCAGGAUCCUGUAAUGUGAAUUAAACAGAGGUGGAAAGUAAUGAAUUACAUCUACUCAAAUUACUGUAUUUGAGUAGAUUUUAUGAGUAAUUUGUAAUUUUUUAAGUAGUUUUUAAAAUAGGUCAUUUUACUCUUUUACUCAGGUUCAUUUUGAAACAAGUAAUUUACUUCACUACAUUGGAAAACUCCCAAUUACUGAGUAAAAAUAAAAUGCUGGGGGAAAAAAAACUAAUUGUCUGAAUUAAAAAAUGAUAAUUCCUUACGUUUUUAAUUGAAACAUUAAACCAUCUGCUUAAAUGUAAAAAAAGAAACAUGUAAAAAGCAGUUAAAGCACAGCAAUGGCAAGUUAAAAUUAAUAAUGAACUGUAAAAUUAUAAAAAUACGGUUUAUAGUCACAUAUAUGACCAUAACUUUUAACUUUUUAACAGUAAAGAAAAAAAAUGGAUGAUAGAAACCUAUACCACUUGUUCUUGAAAAUGUUGUAUGGGGAGGUCUGAACAAAUACUGCCUGAAAGAUCCAAAUUAUUGUGUGGAAUAAUAGUUCAUUCUAAAUAUUUUAUUUAUGAUUAGUACUUUUUUUUAAUCAGAUAAUUAAAAGUAACUAUGUAACUUUUACUCAAAGUAAAUUUUAAAUUAAAUACUCUUUUACUCGAGUAGAUUUUUAGACGGGUACUUUUACUUUUACUUGAGUAGAAUUUAAGCAAAGUAAAGGUACUUUUAUUUAAUUACAAUUUUUCAGUACUUUUUCCUCCUCCGGAAUUAAAAGCAGAAACCCUCUCGAACACGGUCUAAUUCAGGCAGAAACCGACUGUUUAAAACUGUUUACUUUUACUAUGGAUGCAUAAUACAAAUCAGGUUUUCUGCAACACCGCCACCUGAGUCAUCUUAAGUCUUAAAAUGUAAAUACUUUAAACACCAGGGACAAUAUUUGCAUUAUCUUACAGUCUUACAAGUUUGUGUUGUGUUUGUAUAAACCUCUAUCUGGUGAUAAAGCCACAGAACCACAGCCGAUACUUUUUAUAAUAAAUUAAAGCUUAAUUUGAGUACAGUGAGUAAAAUGAACACUUUAUGAUCUAAAUGGCUCCCUAUUCACUAUUAAGGGCACUAUUAAGUACGAUGGCCAUCUUUCUUUGAGUGUACGAAUCGUGAGGUGAAAAUUGAAUGUGAUUUUGAGGGCACUAAAAACUCCCACAAUGCAUCGUGAUUUAUAGCAAACUUCGCUGCAAGCUACAAGCUAAAUGUGUCCCAAAAUGCAUCACGAGUCUCCCUACUAAUCAACAGACAGUCGAUCGAUUGGAGCGCACAUCAAGCCACAAGGGUUGCCAGAUUCACAGUGUAAAUCGUGUUUAAAAUCCACCAAAAAAAAGGAGAAAACUUCCCAAAAACAAAAGAGCUGAUGUUCAGCAUACGAACAGUAUUACAGGAUUUAUUCCAACAUGAUCUUAUAUAAAUUACCUUUAAUAUCUUAAAUAUCAUUUAGAAAAACGGCAUUUAAAAUUAUUUUAUCUGCUUGUGUGUGUAUAUGUCUUUAGUGUAUCAUAAGGGACGAAAAACAAGAAAAGUAAUUACAGUACGUAAAAAUAAAUUCCCAUAAUGCAUUUUGAUUUAUAGUAAACGUCGCUGCAGACUAUGUUUAGCUUAAGUUAAGCAGCAAUGUUUACUAUAAAUCAAAAUGCAUCAUGGGAGUUUAUAGUGCCUCAAAAUCACGCUCAAAUUUCACUUUACAAUUCAGAAACUCAGAAAAAAAAAAUGGCCGACCUACUCAAUGAUGCCCUAAAUAGUGAAUACGGAGCCGUUUUGGACACACCCAUUGUGUUUGAAUAAACUUAUGAACUGCCAUCUGGUGGUGAAGCCAUGGAACUACAGUUAUUACAUUUCAUAAAUUAAUGAUGUUCCUACACUGGCACCUGGUGGUGGAACCAAUGAAUUACACACAUCACUACUUAAGCUGCAGAUAAAUUAACACUUCCUAUACUGCCACCUGGUGGUAAAACGACAGAAUUACACGCAUCACAAAUUUACCUACGGAUAAAUUAACACUGUUUCUAUACUGCCACCUGGUGGUGGAACCAGGGAAUUACACCCAUCACUACUUAAGCCACAUAAAAAUGAACGCUGUUCCUCUGCUGCCACCUGGUGGUGUAACCAAUAAAUUACACCCAUCACUACUUGAGCAAUAAAUUAGCGCUGUUCCUAUACUGCCACCUGGUGUUGGAACCAAGGAAUUACACCCAUCACUACUUAAACAAUAAAUUAGCGCUGUUCCUAUACUGCCACCUGGUGGUAAAACCACUAAAUUACACACAUCACUACUUGAGCUACAGAUAAAUUAGCACUGUUCCUAUACUGCCACCUGGUGAUGCAUCCCAGGAACUACACAACACACAACAUUACAAUAUUACACAAUAUUUUCUUGUAAUAUAUAUAUAUAUAUAUAUAUAUAUAUAUAUAUAUAUAUAUAUAUAUAUAUAUAUAUAUAUAUAUAUAUAUAUAUAUAUAUAUAUGAACUGAAAAAGCACAUUCUAGCUUAUCGGACUGUUUCUGUCUGUGCUGGCUGCCAAAAUACUGUAUAUAAUACAUGUGAACAUGUUUUUUUCCUCAGAGUCUAGUGACUAAUUUAAUCAACAUUCCAACAAUUCCUACAUAUGUUAGAAUAUUCUACUAUUUAACUGUUAAAUCAGACGGGUAAUUGUGUUUAUAACAAAUUUAUGCU